AUGGUCAAUGUCUACAGGAAGUUUAUAUGUCAGGCUGCAAAGAUUCUUCACCUUUUGACCUCAGCUUUGAAAGGAUCUCCAAAGAAUUUCUCCUGGGACUCUGCCAUUGAACAGUCUUUCUCAGACCCCAAAUUGGCUCUGCUCCAGAUUAACAGGUUAGUUUGCCCUGUUCCCUCAGCUCCAAUCUCCCGGGUCGUUGAUACCUCAGAGUCCCUAGUUGGUGCAGUCCUCCGGCAAAGAAUCUCUGCAGCUGGUUGUGCUCAGGCUCUGCUCUCCAAAUGGGGUUCCAGGUUUGGAGUUCCGUCAGUCUUUACUGCAGAUCGUGGAGCACAGUUCACCUUCUCCUUAUUAAAGGAAUUUUGCCUGCUCCUUGAAAUCUCUCAUACUAAGACAACCUUGUUCCAUACCCAGAGUAAUGGUCUGGUUAAAAGAUUUCAUCGUUCCCUGAAGAGUUCUCUCCGUUCCAAGCUGGCAG